GAGAGGCACGCUCGGAGCGGCAGGAGCACAGAGAAGCUGUAACUUGGCUGCUUUCAGCGCGGGCGGUCUGAACUGAGCUCGAAGUUUCUUGGUUGAUCGGAGAAGGAAUAAUUUGGAGCCCGGCUGAAACGCACGGCGCUGUUGUGGAUAUUACGUCCACCUUAUCUCCUGUGUAUAAGAAUGGCGAGAGAUUACGCAGCGCGCUGCCCGGUGUAUCCGAUGAGAAACGCUUGGCUGGUGGCAGUAGCGGUCCUGCUUGCAGCUCAAGAAAUUGGGGCUCCGAAAGUGCAAGUUGCAGAGGAGCUGGAGGCGUAUCCCACAGAGUCUGUUGAGCUCAGCUGCCAAUUUAACGAUGGAGGCGGUCUGACCAAGCUCACACAGGUGUCCUGGAUAUGGGAACCCUCCGACGGACACAGGGACAACAUUGCUGUGUACCACCCGGUGUAUGGACAGAGUUUCCCUAAUGUGGCCUUCAAGGACCGCGUUGUGUUCCUACACAACAGUCUGGAGAACCCAUCCAUCAGGAUUUCUAACCUGAGAAUGUCCGAUGCCGGUCGCUAUACCUGCGAGUACGCCACCUAUCCUACUGGAAAUGAACAAGGGACAACCACCCUCAUCAUGCUUUCCAAGCCCAAGAAUUCGGCCAAUGGUGUGACUGUCCAAGCUGGCACCAAGUCGGUGGUGGUAGCCCGGUGUGAGGCAGCGGACGCCAAACCAGCAGCCACGAUCGAGUGGUUGGCGCCAGUGGGAGGCAAUCAUUCGACCAGCACCACGAGCGGGCCAGACGGCACGGUGACGGUACGCAGCGAGUAUCGGCUGGUCCCUACACCGGCAGACAACGGCAGGGAAGUGAUCUGCAGAGUCAACCAGAAGACACAGAAGCAGCCUUGGGUUUACCCAAUCAAGCUUUCUGUGGAGUAUCUACCCUCUGUGUCCAUUGAGGGAUACGACCACAACUGGUACGUCGGCCGUUCUGAUGCCACGCUGGUCUGCCUGGCUAACGCUAACCCCGAGCCCACAACGAUCACCUGGACUGCGGCUUCUGGUCCUUUGCCAGAAACAGUGGUGGUGGAAGGCAACAAGCUGACAGUGAGGAAGGUGGAUGAUGCUGUCAACACCACCUUCAUCUGCGAGGUCAAGAAUAGGCUCGGAUCCAGCAGGAACCAAAUCACCACUGUUGUCAUUGAAGAGGAACGGCAACUCAUCCAAGGUCCAUCAACAGGUGCCGUAAUAGGAGCGAUCCUCGGUGCUCUCAUCUUCAUCUGCAUAGUCAUCAUCGGCACCAUCUUCUUCAUCCGCAACCGGCAGGAGGACGCAGAGGGCCCACCCAAGCACAAGCCCCCUCCCCCAGUGAAGGCCGGCAGCUCAACAGAAAUGCUCAACAAGCCAUCAGAGCCUCCCACAGCCACAGAGACAGCGCCUCUCAGCCCAGGAGAGGUUUACUACGAGCCCACAGGGAGAGAGCCUGUCACUAACCUGGAUGAUGAGACCACCGGAGCCCUGAACGGCAGAGCCCCUCCAGUCAAAUACGACAAAGAGCGCAAAGAUCAUGCAGCAGACGGUCACCAUAGCAAUGAUUUGGAUUCUUCUAAUCACGAGGCGCCGGCUGCCAACAUUUCUCGCGGCGAAAGCUUUGUUUCUCCUGCCAUGUACGUGUAGCCUUGGCAACCGGAACACCGCGUCACAGGCAUAUGGGCAAAUUCCAGGUCACGUUAUUUAGCAUGAAAAGUAAAGGCAAGCACACGUUUCCGCCAUUUUUCUUGUAAACAUUUACCAAUGUUAACGUUUUAGUCCACACAUGAUGAAUGUUUUCAGUUUAUUUUUAUUUACCUUUCUUAUUUAGUGGGUGUUAUGGGUUUAAAUAUUUUCUCACUUAAUAUAAAUGGUUUUUUGUUUUGUUUUUUUAAUCUGUCGUAAUGGUACUUGAGACAACAAAGAAUUCGGUCAGUUAAAGUAAAAACAGCUUUUUUUUAAAUUAAUUUUAUUUUUUAACCUCUGCCAACUGGAGCCAACUGGAACAUCUUGCCAUUAGCUUUCAGAAAACCUAGAGCUACACUACAAAACAUCAUGACAGACACGCACAUAGUAAUCCAUGAUAUUAGAAAACCAGAGAGCCAGUGAAAUCACAAUUUGCAAUAAUUAAAAAAGUUAAUUGGAUGGUCAAGAGCUUGUGUAAUGCACGUGAACUGGACUACGCAGUGCCCUACUUCUGUGUAGUGUUAGCAAAUUGUUUGAUAAGCUACCAGACACAAUAUGCAACAUCUUGUGCGAUGACCACACGGUCAAAAAAAUCCUUGUUGUAUGUGAGGCUGCCAGUCCUGAGCUCUUCAGUUCACAUCUGUGGAAAGAAAGUUCCCCUCUAAGUCAAGAUGAAACACCAGGGAGCCGAGUACUACAGGGGGAGUAAAACAACCACAUCUGAAGUCCUUUCAAAGCACUUCUCUUUUGCCGCUGCUUGAGUUUAGACGAGGCUGAAUUCAACCCCAGGAAGUCCAAAGCCUGAUCAUCUGGCUCUCCAGGCAGCUUCAUUAAUCGCUCAAGACAUUUGAAAACACAUUUCAGUUAUUUAUCAAGUCCCAAAAUAACUGUAAAAAAACCCCCAACUCAUUCUUGCCCAUAUUACGGUCCAAUAGAGAAACAUUCCACUUUAUUAUGUUGUCAAAGAGCCUCAUCUGUCCCUGCAACUGUCAGAGCGACGGGGCUGCUCGUUAGCGCUAACGAAGGGGAAGUAACAUCGUUUUCAAGCUCUGUAACCUGGCAACAUCACAUCAUUUAAAGUCCACGAUUCAUAUUUGUUCUUGUUAAUUGCAAGAGUCGGUAAGACUGUGGGCCAGGGAGUGAAGGAGACUAAAGAAAAGCACACACGCAGGAGUGCACACACACAAACAAAAAGCCUCCACCAAUUUUUGCUUUCAGUCCUCUAACAAAUCACACAGUUAGAGUUGAGGAAAACAUCAUAAGGAAUGUAUUACAAACUGUGUAAAUGCUCGGCAUAUAUUAGAAGGAUACUGCCAUUACAGCCAUUUUAACAGAUUAGAAUGGUCACAAAAUCCGAUAUAUGCAGAUCAUUUCGCACAUGUCGAAAAUAUGCAGUCUGCAUUUGAUCCAAGAGUCGACUUGAAAGGGGAAAAAACGCGAAAAAGAAGGCGAGCGACAACUUUGCCUUCGGGCUGAAUCAAGAAUUGGUCUUUACAGAUGUCAGAUGAUGGUACCAAAUCAUGGACAGUGUAAAUAGUAUUGAUAAUAUUGAUGAAUAAUAUAUUGUUGGUGAAAUGUGUACACAUAAAAAAUAAACAAGUGUAAGUGUCAUCAGUGCCUCUGUACAGGGGAUGGAAGUUUGUUAAAUGUCAAACGAGCGACUAAAAAAAAAGACAAAACAAAGUGUAUAUUACUAUUUUGCUUUUCACGGGUGCAUCAAGGUUGUCACUUAAUACUAAAAUGUUUUUGAGUAUAUAAAAAAAUGAUGUGGAUUUUACUCCGUGUUCAUAUUACUCUGCAUGGCAUGAUUGGUGGCUUGUUGAAACAUUUUCCCAAGGCUGUUUGCGGAAUAAUCUUCAUUUGUAAAAGCAUUUCUGAAUGUCAGAAAAGAAAGCUGUUUUUCAUUUCUGUCUCAAUGCAUCUGUCAUACUCAUGCACACCACGAGUCCAAUUUAAGUUGAGAGAGCGGGUUUGUUUUUAUUUUUUUCCCUUUUUUUCUGU